AUGCCCGGCUUCCCGCUCGGCCGCUGCGGCCCGCUCGCCUUGCCCGGCUUCUGCUGCCUUCCGGCCGCCUGCCCCGGCUCCACCUGCUGCGCCGCCCCGAGAGAGCUGUGGCUGAUCCAGGGCAACGGUUGCUUCCUCUCAUUGGCAGGGAUUUUUGGUCAGCGCUUGGAAGACACAGUCUGCUACGAAAAGAAGUUUGGGCAGCACCUGGUGCCCCUUCUGGUGGAACAAUGUGUGGACUUCCUCCGGGCGCGUGGCCUCACCGAGGAAGGGCUGUUCCGCCUGCCUGGGCAGGCCAAUCUGGUCAAGGACCUCCAGGACUCCUUUGACAGCAGGAAGAAGCCCCAGUUUGACAGAAACACCGAUGUCCACGCAGUCGCCUCCCUCCUGAAGCGAUACCUUCGAGAGCUUCCCGAGCCCGUCAUUCCUUUCGCGAAUUACGAAGACUUUCUCUCCUGCGGCCAGUUGCUUUCCAAGGAUGAAGGCGAGGGAACUCGGGAACUGACCAAACAAGUGGGCUGCCUUCCUCAGGCCAACUACAACCUCCUCAAGUUCAUCUGCAGGUUUCUCCAUGAAGUUCAGUCUUACGCCAGCCAUAACAAGAUGAGCGUCCAGAACCUUGCCACGGUGUUUGGGCCAAACAUUCUUCGGCCUCAGAUGGAAGACCCUGUGACUCAAAUGGAAGGUACUUCGCUGGUUCAGGGCUUAAUGGCUAUUUUGAUAAGCGAGCAUGGGAAAAUCUUUGAUCCCACCCUGACUCAGGAUUCACUUCAGCCGGAAGCCGAUCUCCAGUGUCCACCUAGUUGGGUAGACGGGAACUUGCCGAGUGGCCGGACAGAAAACAGCCUUUGCAGCCGUCUUGGCUCGCUUCCAGCUCUCAGGCCUUCUGCAGCUAAGCCUUGCAUGCAAGACUGCAACCAGAGAGAGAACAGCAGCCAGCCGCCCAUCAGCCCCAGCCCCAGGAAGCAAGGCUUGUCCCCUUGGAAAGGCUCCCCUCUGGGGCAGCAGGGAGCUGGGUCGUUCCACCACCCACCGGGAAGCUCCUUCUUGGAAAGCUACUGCUCAUCCUCAUGGGAGAACCGGCUGCUGGUGGAUGGACGGUCAGCUGUCCAAGGCCACUGUGGAGGACAAGGCAAAGGUUCCAAUUCAUGCCAAAGGCUCUCCAUCUAUGACAAUGUCCCCGUCCUUCAUCUCUCCGAGGGUGUUUGCAGCAACAACAGCCCCAGCGGCUCCAUUUCCUCCAGUGGUCUGUCUCUCACAGUGGAUCCUGUCGCCCCCUGUGCCACCUGCCAGACGGGAGCCUGCCUGGCCUUGAACCCUCUUCCGAAGGAACACCCUCCUGGCGGCCCCUUGCCACAGGGCAACGUCCCUCUGGAGAGCAGCGGUGGGGAGCCAGAAGCGUGCUGCAGCAGCAGAGGCAGGGACGAAUGGAAUCUGUCCUUCGCUUCUAGAGACGCCAUUCAGUGCUCCGAAGCCCUGCACGAUCUCAUCGCAGAACUGAAGGCGGAGCUACGAAAACAAAGAUCUGAAUAUAACACCACUUUUAAGAGAAUGGAAGAAGCAAGCGCAGAAUUGAGGAAGCUGGCGACAAGACUGGAAGGAGAGCUAGUCAAACAGAAAAAGAAGCAGACGGUGCUGGAAAAGAAGCUGAGGAACUCUGAGCAGGCAAGGAAAGACGCAGAGGAGAGAAAUCACCUCCUGCAAGAAGAGAUGGCGUAUUUCUUCACCACCCUGGGCAAUAUCACCGCAGGAAGUCAGUGGGGCAAAGCCUGA